UUUCCUGCAUUUUCCACAAGCGAGGAGGAGAGAAGCUUUGUGUGUGUAGAGAGAGAGAGUGAGAAAGAAGAAAGAAUGGGUUUGCUUACGAACAAGAUGGAGAGGGAAGAGUUAAAGCCAGGGGAUCAUAUCUACACUUACAGAGCAGUCUUCGCUUAUUCUCACCAUGGAAUCUUUGUCGGUGGGUCCAAAGUUGUUCAUUUCAGACCUGAACACAACCCCAUGGAGUCAUCAUCAACAUUAUCAAUUUCAUCUUUCUCUGGUGAUGAUAUUUGCUCGGUAUUUCCUGAUUGCGGUUUCAGACAACCAGACAGUGGAGUAGUCCUUUCUUGCUUAGACUGUUUCCUCAAGAACGGCUCACUCUACUGCUUCGAAUAUGGAGUCAGUCCACCGGUUUUUCUCACCAAAGUCCGCGGAGGCACUUGCACAACCGCGCAGUCUGAUCCAACUGAUUCAGUCAUCCACAGGGCAAUGUACCUUCUACAAAACGGGUUUGGCAACUAUGACAUUUUCAAGAACAACUGCGAGGAUUUCGCGCUCUACUGCAAGACGGGUUUGCUUAUAAUGGAUAAGCUAGGUGUAGGGAGAAGCGGUCAAGCUUCUUCAAUUGUUGGUGCUCCUUUGGCUGCAAUCCUCUCUUCUCCUUUCAAACUGCUGAUUCCAAAUCCCAUUGGUGUAGCUACAGUUACUGCUGGAAUGUAUUGUAUGAGCCGGUAUGCUACUGACAUUGGUGUUAGAAGCGACGUCAUUAAGGUUUCCGUUGAGGAUUUGGCUCUCAACCUUGACGUGAAGACCAUUGAACAAGUUGAAGAAGAAUAAAGAAGAUUCUGAUACCGAGUAUGUUAGGAUGUUGAAUAUUCUGGAAUCUAAAGGCAUGUGUUAAAAUUCGUCUCUCAAGGGUGCAAUCCAAAAGCUGUGAGUAAAAAAAUUGUGGUUUGUUCUUGGUUAUAAAACUUGUCAAUUUGUGUGUACAUGAUCUCAUUUGAUUGGGGUUCUGAAAAGUGUCAGUGUCAGUGUCGUCAAUGUGUGUGUUCUCCAUUAGCUUUACCAUUAAGAAGUAAAAAAGAGAUCUUCAUGCUGUGAUUUCUGAGUUUCUUAGAGCUCUGGAAGUGAUAUAAGAAUAUUGCUCUUUUGUAUUUGUUUCUAUGAAUAUUUUUGUUACCUUAUAUUUUAAAACGGCGUCGUUUGGAA